GCGUCCCAGGCUGAGGCGGCGGCGGCCAUCGCGCGGCGAGCGGCCCUGUGGGCCCGCGGAAGAUUCCAUCAUGAUGAAUGGCUCCAACGUGGCCAACACAACCACGACUUCAGCCGUGCCUGCAAAAGCCAAGGAGGAGCAGGUAGUGAAUGGGCACGAUGAGAAGGAGAACAACCCCUUUGCCGAAUACAUGUGGAUGGAGAACGAGGAAGACUUCAACCGGCAGGUGGAAGAAGAACUUCAGGAGCAGGAGUUCCUGGACCGCUGUUUCCAGGAGAUGCUGGAUGAAGAGGACAAGGAUUGGUUCAUCCCGUCCCGCGACCUUCCCCAGGGCAUCGGGCAGCUUCAGCAGCAGCUAAACGGGCUUUCGGUCAAUGACAGCCAUGUAUCGGAAGAUAUUUUGAGCAAAAGCACCUUAAACCCCGACGCCAAGGAGUUCAUUCCCGGAGUGAAGUACUGAGCCUUCCGGCAGGCUUCGCAGAGACAUUUUUUCUUCCCCUGGAUGGGGUGGGGUGGGGUGGGGGGGCAGCAGGCCCUGUGAGCCGAGGUGGGAGAGAGACUCCUCAGGGGUGAAUCUGCGGGACUCUUCAGCUACUUAACCCUUCUUUUCUUGCUGCAUCGGGGACACUUUGAAACGGACUGAACAAAAAAAGGAAAAAAAGCUAGACCCAAGGCUGGAGGGCGGUCUGGGGCCAGGUCCUGCAGGGGGCACUUUCAGGGGUGGGGGCGGGGGGGGGGGGCGGGUUGUUCUUCUUCCGUUAAACAGCGACGAGCGCGGCUUGGCUGCAAGCAGGAUCUUUGCCCCUCCCUCACCGGCUACGCUUCGGACAUUGCCCAGGACAAGACUCCGUGGAUUGUCUCUCUCCUCGCCGGAAGUCCUCGAGCUUUCGGCUGGCCAGACUGGCUCCCAGCAGGCUUCAGCGCGCUUCGGCUUCUGGCUUUGCAGCGGCCCUUUUCAGGGGCAGGCUGCCUGCCCUUUGGGAGCUGCCGCCACUGCGUGGGACGUGGGCCGGCUACAGGUCUGUGCCCGCUGCCAAACUCGUCGGGGUCAGGGCGGGAAGCCCGAGGGAUGGGGCUUGUACCUCGUCCCUCUCUGAUAACCUCCUCCUUGCUGCUUCUUGGUGGCUGCGGAGAACGCUGCCCCUAACCCCAGGGAGGCCGGCGCGUUCCUGGAUGUCCUAGAGAGGCCGACCCCAGAGGGAGAGAGCAGCCACCCUCCCGCAAGCAGUUUUCUCCCCUUCCCUUCUCUUGUCUCCACUUCCUUUCUUCCCCCCCUCCUCCCCUCCAAUGAAAUCCCACCACCAGGAGCGACAGGGUGCCUCCCUCUCUACCAGGCAGCUGCUGCGUCAAGACCAAGAGGGGCCCUUGAGCCGAAGCCGCAGACCGGCCGCUGGUCAGCCUGUUGUCCUCGGCCUCCGCAGCAGACGCCCAAGGAUCCCGGUUUCGAAUCCCAGCCACGCCACAGCCUCUUGGCCAGAGGUGCGGGAUUACACCCUCCCCUCCGUAUGCCAAAAGAGCUGGCCUGCCCUUCUCCAUGGCCGGGUAGCUGUGUCAGCUGCAGGUUUUUCAGAGGCCCUUGCUUGUCUGAACCAGAUGCUGUCCGAGAGCACCCCCCCCCCGGAGCUUUUCCUGGCAUUUUCUGACGGAGGGCGAGGGGAGGAAUAGGUGGGGCAGGAGGGAGAAUUAGAAGGAAGAAGUUUCCCAUCAGCCAGGCCAUGUCCUUGCGUGCUGCAGUGUGGCCAGAAUCUCCCUGUUGGGCCGGCUUUCUCUGCAGCUCCCCGUUGUGCAUCUUGGGGCUUGGAGGUGUCUGGGGCUCCCACCACCACAAGGGGCAGAGGGAGGGGGCUGGUGGCUUCUAGCUGGGAAGGCUCUGCCCUUCGAAGGACACGGGCUGUGUUUAAAAAUCUGGCUCCUUGAAAAUGCAGACUGUUACUCCCUCACGCGCGUGUGUCAUCUUCCCCGCUCCUUGCUAGAGAGAGGGGGUUUGAGCAGAGGGAGCCAUCUGGGCCGUUUGCGACGCCAGCUUGCCCUGAGGAGGUUGUAGUCGAUGGCUGCGGGGCCCUUCCCGGACUCCUCUUCCAGCAGCCCCACUGCAGGGUGACGGGGAAGAGUCAGCCCUCUUGCCAAACCCCUGUGGGGGAGACCGCAGGCCAAGCGGCCCAGGCAGCUGAGCCCUCCUCCGCGGUGGCUGUGCAGCUUCUCCGAGGCGCAUCUUUGCCAGCCCUGCGUUGUUGCUAUGAUCCAGGAUUGCAGGUUGGUUGGAGGUGCUGGGUGGACACCCCUCCCCCUCUUUCUUUCCCCUCCCCCUCCCCUUGAUUCUGCAGCCUCUGCUUUCUUUCUGAGGAAGUCCUUGCCAUUACGUGCUGUUACAUUUUUACAACAAUGCAUUCUUUAAAAAUAAAGAUGGGUUUGAGCUGGG